AUUUCACACAGUUACGAUCUCUGCGACGUUUGGACGUGAGUUACAAUGGCAUAAAGUGCCUGCCUCCGAGUGUCGGUGAGCUUCGAAACUUGGAAGAACUUUCCGUCGACAGCAAUCCACUGUUCGAAUUGCCACCUUCCGUGUUUUCCUUACCACGUCUGAGGGAAUUGAGCGCAAAUUGUUGUGAUUUGCGCUGCUUACCAGCAUUACCAUUGGCCGCUGAUCCUCUGCCUAAUAUUAUUUUCAAGCUGAACCCUGCCCUGAAACAUGUACCCUUGACUCUUGAACCUCUAUUUGAUAUCAAUCCACAUAUCAGCACACGAUUUUGGACAUACGAUUCGACAGAAUUUUUCCAUCCAGGACAAAUCCAUGUAAAAGUAGUCAAUACUGAAAAUUUACCAGAAAUCGAUGUUUAUUUAUAUUCGGGUAUCAAACAUGUUUCACAAUAUUUUGCUCCAAAAAUGCCAACAUUGUUCGAAUUGGCCUUGCGGAAAACACAUGCUAUUUUGAGCAAAACCUCUUUCUUUCUGGAUGAGAAUGAAAACUGUGAUGAUGAAGAUUAUAAUGAAUUUUAUGAUAGUGAUUAUGAUGGGGAGGGUCAUUAUUAUGUGAACGGAAAAAGUUUUAUAAAAAUGACUCAUGAAGUAAUGCAUGUUGAGGAACUACCUCUCCAUCUGAGUUCUCAGUUAAAAGAAGGGCCGAAUGCCGUUUGCCACAACUGCAAAAUUGGAUUGUUUGAGUAUGGAGUGCUCUGCUUUUUAAACAGGCCCGUCAAAAGAUUAUUCGGCGAUUCAUACUUAUUAUGUAGUGCAAUGUUUUGCGGAAGUAAAUGCACGAGAAUUUGGCUAGCAAAUCAUCCUAAUGUAACUUUCAUCCCUUGGAAACUAAUUCCUAAUCCUAUAUCAUGA